UCUCAGUUUCGACUUCAGUUUCUGGUUCAUGCUGAUUGCAGGCCUUUGCCCUCAGUGUAACAAGACUCCAGACCAGACCGCCACCUCUGAUAGUCAACCUGUUUCCUAAGGAGGUGUCAUUUGACCUGUCCUUAGGAGGUGUCCUGUCCUUACGAGGUGUCCUGCAACUUGCGACUGAACUUUUCUCCACCCGCGAACAGUACUGCUUCCGCCGAUGGCGGAGCCUCGAGCGCAUAACGCUCCGCGAACACCCGCGGAAUCGUGCCUCAGGGGGCUCGCUAUGGCGGAGCUAGCUGGAGCCGCAGGCUUCGCAUCUGCGGAACCUUCGCACGCUGUGUCUUUAGGGAUGCCUGAAAAUACUUCCCGAUCUGGACGCACGCUGUGCUCUCAGUGUCAGCAGGAGCCCGCUAAGUACAGGUGUCCUGGCUGCGCUGCUGCCACGUGUAGCGUGCCCUGCGUUAAGGCGCACAAAGCGGCGAACGGGUGCACGGGGAAGCGGAACCGGGCAGAGUUUGUUCCUAUAGCGAAGUUCGACGAUAACCAGCUAGUGUCAGACCUGCGUUUCCUGGAAGAUGCGUUGGUGCAGUAUGACGUGGCGAAGCGCACGCGGAUGACGCUAGGGGUCCGAUAUGAGGCACAGGUGUGGGCAAGCACUGGCACCGCAUGCAGGAGACGGCACGACAGAGGGGCGUGCAGCUGCUGCUGAUGCCCCCAGGCAUGUCCAAGCGCAAGGCCAACAAAACGUACUUCCAACACAGGAAACGGUGUAUCAUGUGGCAUGUGCGAUGGCAGUUCGCAAUCCGGUCGAUUUGCAUCGAUGCCAAUAGUAGCAUCAACACCCAAGGCACCAGCAACACAACAAGCAGCAGCCGCAAGGGCGAUACCCCAGGCGACACAGCAAGUUUGCAGGGCCUAUCGCUCCCACAGUCAUCAAAGGCUGCAGCCUUUACCUCCACCGUGAUCCUCCUCCCAACCAUAGAUACCAUAGUUUCAGAAGAUGAGGCGCUGGUGGCAGCAGCAGAAGCAGCCCUGAGGCAAGCACUCAAGGCCCCCGCUGCAGCAGCAGCUUCAAAAGCAGCAGCAGCAACCGCAGCAGCAGCAGCAGCAGCACUGCCAACAAAAUCUGCAUCUGCGCCACCGGCUGUAGCGCCAGCAGUCUCUUUGGGAGAGGUGCUGCAGCGGCUGAGGCUGCAGCUAGAGGUGCCGCCUUCCCAGUUGUGUGAGCUGGAAACUAGCCAAACUCUUCGCACACAGCUUGCGGGACGCACGAUUUUAGAAUUCCCCACCAUUAGAGUUUCCUGCUUAGCCAAAGAUGAAGAUUCUGAAGAUGUAGGUGAUUCUGACGAGGAUGAAAGUGAUUCUGACGAGGAUGAUAGUAGUGAAGAGGAGGAUAGUGAAGAGGUCGACACGGGUGAGAAAGUGCAUUGUAAAAGCUGAGGAAAUAUGAACCAUCGUGUAUACGAGCAUUAUUUGUUAUGAAGAUUUGUUUCUUUAAG